GGAGCAACGUCCCCACCACCAGCCACGUCGGUGGCGAGGAGAACGCGCCGGGCAGCGGCAACGGCACGGGAGGUAUCACUUCGACUCCGGACGCGGUCUAAGCGUUGUUCGGCUUGGGGGUGACCACGGAGCAGCUCUAGGCAGCCGUUGCGGCACUUUCCGCCAUGGGUGGGAACGUGCCCGGCGCCGGAGCUGGCAAAGCUCCGCUCGGUCCCCAUACCGAACACGCUGCCACUUCCCAGCACAAGGGAAAGAAGACCCGGAGGAGCAAGAGGAGGCCCGGAAAGGCUCCGGUGAUCGAGGAGAUGCUGGUGGAAGACGUCCCCGAAGGAGAAGACGAUGAGUCCAGCGAGUGUCGAGUAUCCGCCCUUAAACGCCUGGGGGUGAGGAGACUCGAGUGUCGGCAUUCGACAGGCUCAAGCGUGGACCGGAAAGCCGCCUGGGUGACCUCCAUCGACAAAUAUCCGAAGGCAGGUGGAGGCAUGCUAAAGAGUCUGCGACAUCGGACCCCCGUUCGGCGAGGCCCGAGCGGGGCGGAGAUUAGCGGGACGAGCGGACCCAGCGUCGCGAGAGUCCGACAAGAACUGAGAAGACAAAGGAGACAAAGGCUACCCUACUCCCACCUUCUCAACAUCUGCAUCCGCAAAGGAGAGAAGGUCCGAGACUUUAUUGUUCGGUGGGAGAAGGAAGCUAGAGACGUGCACGGUGUGAAUGACCAAGCUUUGGUGGCAAUGUUCCAAGCAACCCUUCCCCGCAGAGAGGUGAGGGAGGAGCUCCGCAAGAAUCCUCCCCCCACGUACCAAGAAACCUUGGCGCGCGCUAAGUUCUUGGCCUCGGAGGAGUUCGACGAUGCCCCCGACUCUGAGGUCGCGCCGGCCAAGCGAGCUCCCGCAGGCUCGGGAGAGAUCGCGAAGAAGAGGAAGAAGAAAAAGGACUACACAGCGGGCCCUAGGACGCCCUCGGCUAGUGUGUACUCCGUGGGUGCGCCCGUGGGGACGGGUCGAGAGCUGGCCCUCUCCCCGCUCCAUCACAUGGAGGCUUACGCAGUGUCAUACGGUAGCAAGUACUGCGAGUAUCAUCGCAACAACACUCAUAACACUAAGGAAUGCUUCACUUUUCAGAAGGAGAUGCAGCGACUUAUCGCCCGAGGGCCGGCUCCGCAAGACGACGGAGCAGCCCCAUUUUGGGGGGGCGCCGAAAGGGAGAACUUGGAGGAAGCCCUAAGGCCCGUGCGCACUCCCCUCUCCGGGUUCACGGGAGACUCCAUCGAGGCCGAAGGAGUCAUCACUGUGCCCGUGAUAGUAGGGGAUGGUGCGCACAAGGCCAAGUUGAAGAUGGAAUUCAUGGUUGUAAGCAUCAACUGCGCGCACAACAUGAUCUUAGGACGGCCUGGCCUUGAGGACUUGAAAUGUGUGAUCUCUUCAUACUACUUAUGCAUGAAGUUUCCCACUCCUUCGGGAAUCGGGGUGGCGAGGGGAGAUCAGAAACUAGCUCGAUCGUGCUACGUCCGAAUCACAAAUAAGUUGCCAAGGGAUGAGACGUUGGUCGUGCACGCGCAAGAGGAAAUGCCGAAGCUGGAAGCACGGCCGAAGGCCAAGCCCGCCGAGGAAGUCGAGGAGGUGUCGCUCGACCCUCGGGCACCCAAGCGGAAGGUGAAGAUCGGGGCGAACCUGACUGGAAACCGGCGGAAGCACUUGGUGGACGUGCUCACCGCCUACCGCGUGAUCUUUGCAUGGGGACCCGGGGAUAUGCCGGGGGUGGAUCCCAAGAUCAUAUGCCACCGAUUGGCAGUCAACCCGGAGUCUAGGCCGGUGAAGCAGAAGAAGCGGUUCCUUUCGUCCGAGCGGAGGGAGUUUGUCGCCAAAGAACAGCUAACGCCCUACUUUCAAGCUCACUCAGUUCAAGUGCUUUCCCAGCAGCCCAUAGGUGCGUUACUCAGGAGCCCGAACGCGCCCUCUCGCAUGUCCAAGUGGGCAGUGUUCCUUGGAGCCUUCCAGAUCGAGUUCAAGCCGAGACCGACGAUCAAGGGCCAAGCGCUAGCUGACUUCGUGGUGGAAUGCACCGCUCGAGAGGAGCCGAGCCUAGAAGAGCCCGAAGCCGAUGACUGGUGGAUAGUUUUUACCGACGGCUCCUUCGCCGCCAAAAACUCGGGGGGGGGGGGAGUGGUAGUUAUCGCUCCCGAACGCUUUAGAGCAUAUUACUCAAUUCGAUUCGGCUUCAAGGAAUCAAAUAAUGAGGCGGAAUAUAAGGCGCUCCUAUGCGGGCUACGCUUAGCAGCCAGGAUGAGCGCGACGAAGCUAAGAGUAAAGUGUGAUUCGAAGCUGGUAGUUGGCCACGUCUCGGGAGAGUUCGAGACGAAGGACGAAAGAAUGAAGAAGUACAGAGAUACCGCUCUAGAAUUACUUAAGAGCUUCACCGCGUACAGUGUGAAGCAGAUCCCUCGAGCGGAGAACGCCGAGGCGGAUAUCUUGUCAAAGCUGAGCUCGGAAACACUGGAGCAUAACAGGCAAUUGGCGAACGUGGAAGAGUUGUCCCAGCCAAGCAUCCACGCUUUCCCCGUGGCGAUGAUCUGUGCUCGGCCAAGAGAUUGGACGGACGAUAUAGUCACCUUCCUGAAGGAUGGCGCCCUCCCAGAUGAUGCAAUGAAGGCCAAGUUGGUCCGGACAAGGGCACCGGGGUACACAUUGGAAGGCGGAAAGCUAUACAAGCGAGCUUACAACGGGACACUGCUCAGGUGCCUCCAGCUAGCCGAAGCGGAACAAGUCAUGAAAGAGGUGCAUGCAGGGAUUUGCUUCGCCCACCAAGGGGCAUACACGGUGUCGAGGAAGAUAACCCUCCAAGGAUAUUUUUGGCCAACAAUUGUGAAGGAUUGCGCGGAGUUCGUGAAAAAGUGCAAUCCUAUUCCCCCAUCAGCACAGCUAUCCCGUUCGCGCGGUGGGGGGGUGGACCUCGCAGGCGCACUUCCUAGAGGUACCAGGAACGUGAGGUACGUCAUUCUAGCCAUCGACUGUUUCACUAAGUUGGUGGAGGCAGCCCCAUUGGCAAGUAUAACCGGAGCUCAGUGCCAGAAGUUCCUUGCGAAGCAAGUCGUCUGCCGCUUCGGCGUCCCCGAGCACAAAAUCACCGACAACGAAACGCAAUUCGAGUCCAGACCCUUCAACAACUUUCUGGAAAGUUGGGGGAUCAAGCACAGCUAUGUGUCGGUCGGGUACCCACAGACGAACGGGCAGGUCGAAAACGCAAACCAAACGAUAGUCGAUGGGCUGAAGCGGAAGUUGGAAGCCUACGGAGGGGAGUGGGCGGAGGAGUUGCCUUAUAUCCUAUGGACCUACUGGACCACGCCCCGAAGGGAAACUGGGGAGACUCCCUUCGCCCUAUUCUACGGAUUCGAGGCGAGGGCACCCGCAGAAAUCUCCAUCGCAACCCACCGAAAGGAGAUCUUCAACCCCGAGCGCAAUGAAGAAGCCCUGGCAGCCGAGCUGCACCUCGUGCAAAAAAUGGCAGGAAGCGGCCUUCAUACGCGCAGAAAAUUAUCGGAGGAAAGUGAAAAGCUACCAUGACAGGCGCGUGCGCGCGCGCGCGCGGAUUCAUUGAAGGAGCCUGGGUGUUGCGCAAGAGAACGGUAAGCCGCCCCCUGGAAGGUGGAAAGUUUGCCAAAAACUAUGAAGGCCCUUACAUAAUCAACGAGGCAGUGGGCC